GAAUGGGGAUCUACUGUCUGAGCUUCAGCAGGAAGCGCCGUGUGGCGUAGGCGAUUUGCAGUGUCGUCUGGCCGCCAGAUUCUGCGAUGGUGCUCGGCCCACCUUGCUAUUCGAUGGCUCUCCUCUGGCUUCAACGGAUUUCCUUUAUGAGGAUGUUUCUUUGGCCGUGGUUCGUCGCGCAUUGCCGGAAGAAGAGGCAGCCUCCCUUCAUGCGGCUCGCACAGCCAUGUCCCAUGUAAGGGCAGAGCACCUCCAACUUGUCAAAGAUCUGAGAAUGCCGCCUGAACCGGUGCGGGACGUACUGGCUGCGACGAUGAGCCUGCUCGAUCUAAGAGAGCACUCCUGGAUGUCGAUGAAAAAGUUCCUGUCUCAGAGGGCAAUCGUCUCGAGGCUGAUCGCCCUGGAGCCCCACCAAGUGAGCUUCGACAGUCAGCUCGCCGUGCAAGAGAUUGUGCGUCGCCACUCCAACAGCUUCACGAACGAGGUCAUCAGUCGUUGCUCUAUAGCUCUCGCUCCUUUCGCGACCUUGGUGAGGGCGUUCCUAGUGUGCUGGAAAGCUUGA